UAUCCCUGCGGGCUGCGGAUACGAGGGCUUACAGUUGCAGCCACGUUCUUCCCCUAUCCAAACCUCACCGGAAAACACACUCGCUUUCCAUGGCGGCAUCUCUCUCAUCUAUCUCCGCCCUUCGCAUCAAACUCCAUAGACAUUCCUUCAAUCCCAGGAUUAUUUCCUCCUCCGCGUCUUCAAACCCCCAACAAUUCUUCAUUAUUUCACCCCGUCUACCCCCAAAACGCCGUUUCAUUAGGCCUUUCUCCCUCAAGUUAUCAAGAAGUUUCUCAAUUAACUCCAUAUUCAGUGAUGAUAAGAAGAACAGUAACCCAAGCUUUCACCAUUUCCUCGCCCAAGCUCAAGCCACUGCUCUCACUGCUUUCGAUGCUACUGAAGCCGAUGAUGUUCCAUCCUCUGAAGUCCUUCCAAGAGGUCGCAUCUAUCAGGAAACCUACGGAUGCCAAAUGAACGUCAACGACAUGGAAAUCGUCUUAUCCGUGAUGAAAAAAGCCGGAUAUGAUGAAAUUGUAAACGAACCUGAAAGUGCAGAGAUCAUCUUCAUCAACACUUGUGCUAUCAGAGAUAACGCAGAACAAAGAGUAUGGCAAAGACUCAACUACUUCUGGUUCUUAAAACGCCAUUGGAAAAGCAAUGUAGCCACUGGUCGUUCACAUUCUCUACACCCCCCAAAAGUAGUAGUCCUCGGAUGCAUGGCAGAAAGGUUAAAAGACAAGAUUCUAGAUUCAGACAAAAUGGUUGAUGUUGUUUGUGGACCAGAUGCUUACAGGGACUUACCACGUUUACUAGAAGAAGUUGAAAAUGGUCAAAAAGGUAUCAACACUCUUCUCUCUUUAGAAGAAACCUAUGCUGACAUCAGCCCUGUUCGAAUCUCCAAAGACUCCAUCUCUGCUUUUGUUUCUGUAAUGAGAGGUUGCAACAACAUGUGUUCUUUCUGCAUUGUGCCAUUUACAAGAGGUAGAGAAAGGUCAAGACCUGUUGAAUCCAUAGUCAAAGAAGUUGCAGAGCUUCAAAAGGAAGGAGUGAAAGAGGUGACACUUCUAGGUCAAAAUGUCAACAGUUACAAUGAUGAAAGUGAUGAAGAAGAGAUUGAACAAGGGGUAAAUUGGAAAUUAAGUGAUGGAUUUUCUAGUAAGUGUAAGGUGAAGAAAGUAGGGUUGAGAUUUGCUGAUCUUUUAGAUAGGCUUUCAAUGGAGUUUCCUGAGAUGAGUAAUAUGCUUGAAAGAAUGAGAAGAGGGUAUACAAGAGAAGCUUACUUAGAACUUGUGCACAAAAUAAGGAGCAUAAUUCCUGAUGUUGGGUUGACAAGUGAUUUCAUAUGUGGGUUCUGUGAUGAGACAGAGGAAGAACACAAUGACACUUUAACUCUAGUUAAGUCCGUGGGUUAUGACAUGGCAUACAUGUUUGCAUAUAGCAUGAGAGAGAAAACUCAUGCACAUAGAAAUUAUUCCGAUAAUGUCCCUGAAGAAAUCAAACAGAAAAGACUCACACAACUGAUUGAAGCUUUUCGUGAAAGCACAGGUCAAUGUUUUGACUCCCAAAUUGGUAGUAUUCAACUUGUGUUAGUUGAAGGACCAAAUAAAAGAGCUCCCGAAACAGAGCUUAUUGGGAAAAGUGAUAGGGGCCAUAGGGUAAUUUUUGCAAACUUGGAGGUCCCGGAUUGGGUGGAAUGUGGUGGUGAUAGGAAUCCGAGAGUUGGGGAUUUUGUAAAAGUUAGGGUUUUGAAAUCUUCAAAGGCGUCUUUGUUUGGGGUUGCGAUUGGGAUUACUACAAUGAGUGAGUUUUAUAAUGUGGGACAACAAGGUGUUGUUGUGUGUGGAAAAAGUAGUUGAAAUUUGAGUUACUUUUAAUCUUUUUUUAUUUAUUUAGAGACAAAG